CACCCGAGGACUAUGUAUAACUAAGUGAAGCGGGGGGAGGGAGUUAAAGCCCCGGUGAGAACGGCUGAGUAGCAGCAGGAGCAAAGGGGGGUUAAGGCUGACCCUGCCUGAGGCUCUCUUGGGAUCUGCUGGGCAUCUGAUUAAUGUUCUCAAAUGCACCAAGUGUCGAAAACAUUGCCUCCAAUGAAUUGGAUCGGAUUCUGUUUGCGGAACAACUCUUGAGCAGGAGAACUGCAUCUAUCUCCGCACAAUUGCAAAAGUCACAUUCUGUGAGCUGCUGGCCUAAGUAGGUUCUGUGUACUGUAUUGACAAAAGCGAUCCCAAAAUGCCUCUCAACGAUGAGCAGAAUGGUGACUGCGAUUCUUCCCGGUUCUCCGAAAGCACAGCUUCUUCUUCCAGCGACUCCGAAUAUUCAAGGCAGAGUUUCACCAGUGACUCUUCAAGCAAGCCCGGCUCUCCAGCUUCUACAAGCCCUCCCAAAGUGGUUACAUUUGAUGAAAUGAUGGCAGCAGCAAGGAACUUGUCAAACUUGACUCUGGCUCAUGAAAUUGCUGUAAACGAAAACUUUCAUUUGGAGCGCACUGAACAUCCACCAAACAGCUUGACUAGAAGGGUGAAGCAAAUUGUGCACCAGGCAUUCUGGGAUCGUUUGGAGGAAGACUUGAAUGAAGAUCCUCCUGAAUAUGAACAUGCCAUCAAGCUGUUUGAAGAAAUUAAAGAGAUUCUUCUUUCUUUCCUGAACCCUGGGGCUAACAGGAUGCGAAGCCAAAUCUGUGAAGUUCUCGAUGCCGACCUCAUAAGGCAGCAGGCCAAGCACAAUGCAGUUGACAUCCAGGGUCUCGCAAACUAUGUCAUUAGCACCAUGGGGAAGCUGUGUGCUCCAAUAAGGGAUCAUGACGUCAACCAGUUAAAAGCUACUGGGAACAUUGUCGUAUUGUUCAGGCAAAUAUUCCACGUUCUGGAUCUCAUGACAAUGGAUAUGGCUAAUUUUACUAUUCGGAGCCUUCGACCUCAUCUCCAGCGUAACUUGGUGGAUUAUGAAAGAGCAAAAUUCCAAGAUAUACUUGAAGAAACACCAAGUGCCCUGGACUUGACCACAGAAUGGAUAAGGGAAUCUAUACAAGAUGAAUUGUCUUCUCUUUCCUGUGAAACAUCUUCGCAUGCUGGUGCUAAUGGGAUGUCCAAAACAAAUCUGAGUCCUACUUUGGUGCUAACAAACAGCUACUUGAAACUCUUGCAGUGGGAUUACCAGAAAAAGCCUGUUCCUGAGACAUUAAUGACAGAUGAAGGUCGUCUUCAGGAGUUAACAGAGAAACUGAAUCAGCUGAAGGUUAUAGCGUGUGUGUCUCUCAUAACAAGCAACAUGUUGGCUGCAGUUAUUGAGGGCAUUCCCGAUUUUGUAGACAAACAAAAGCGGAUUUCAUUUGUGCUACUUGAAGGAAUGAAUAAGAAGAGUUUUGAUUUGAAAGAAGCUCUUAAUGCAAUAGGUAUUCGUACGUGUAGUGAAAUAAAUGAGUCGGUGACUGAGAGAGGCUUCCCACCACUAAAUAAGGAAGUGCAAACAAAUUUAGUAGGGCAGCUCUGCAACAUCAUUGAGGAAGACAAUCCUAUCAACUCCUUAAUUGAUAAACGGAUUCAUUUGUACAUGAGUAGCUUGCUUGCUUCUCCAGGCUUUCAAAAGUCUACGCCCACAAUUCCAGGAGGCCUUGCUGUGAUUCAGACUGAGAUAGAGACCAUUGGAUCACAGUAUGCCAACAUUGUUAACCUGAAUAAACAGGUGUAUGGACCAUUCUAUGCAAGUAUUUUCCGAAAACUGCUCUUCAGUGAAGCAAGCAAAGCAGAGCCUGAACCUUCUACUAACUGAAAUACUUGGGUCUCUUUUGUUCCUUCCUGGUCACAGUAUUUAUAUUGUGAUUUGUAUUCUUCUCAACGUGCAUGGCUUGCAACGAUGACUGUUACAGAGAGAUAAAUCUGUGUGUCUAAGUGGGCUAGACCAGAGAUACUAUAUAUAAAUAAAAUGUCCCUUGAAUCUGCAAAGUUACUAAAAAAAAAAAUUUAAGAAUUAAUUUUGUUUAUAAUGGCAGAUUGUAACGUUUAUUGCACUUGCUUACUGUAAAUGUAUUCUCUUGCAAACAGUUUUGACAUGUUGGAGAAAUGCUUGCUGAUGUUUUAGUAACAUGCUUAUUCCAAUGCCUUCAGAGCAAUAAAACUGAAGUUAGUGGUUCAGAUUUGAUCUGAAUUAAAAUAUUAAGCUCUUAAUCCCAACCCCACCGCUCUUUUUCCAAAUUGGCUUGUUAACAAAACCCUAUUUCCAUUCCCCCAUAUCCCUCCUUUGGUUCUGUGCUGGCAACUGUGGGGUGGGGUGGAAGGGGAUGGCUCUCAUCUGAUUGCUCCUGAACUGCUGCCUGCUUCAUAAGCAGUCUUCAUAGCAGCCCAGUUCCAAACUGCUUAGAGGUAUUAAAAAACAAACCCCCUGCAUAGUCUAGCUGGCACAUGGAAGGGUAAUAAGUGCACAUUUUUCAAGCAAGCCACAGAAAUGUUUUGAUGUAGUAGAUUGCUUGAGAGCCUGCAUUAUUAUAUGCAAACGAUAUAUUUAUAUAUAUUUGCAUAUCUCAAACUAUUCAAUAUAGGAAAGCUUCAUUACUUUGGUUAUCUAAUCAUCCCUUUUAUACCAGAAAUGAAUCAUGACUUGAACAAAAUUACUUCUAGGAAGUACAAUUUAUAAUACUAAUUCACUGUGAUCUUUUUCAAUAACAAACUUUUUAAGUAUAUAAAUUGGGAGUCUCUAAAUACUCCCAAUCGAUAUUUUAUAUCCUUAAAGUGUGUUUUUGGUAAGAAUGAAUCUUUAUUCACUUUGGGAGUAAGGUUCAAAACCAUUUGCCA